AUGGCGGAAGAAUCUUUAGAGUUUGCGACGGGCCAGUACACAAUGGAAAGAGACGCAGUAUUUCGCUGGAACGUUUCAGUGGCGAAUGGCACCUCGUUGGAUGCCGCCGCGCCCUACGAUUCACCUGCUGCAUUACUUCGUGCUGCUCUCAAGGCGGUUUUCCUUGGUUUACUGAUUCUGGCAACAGUGAUUGGUAACGUAUUCGUCAUAGCGGCUAUCCUUCUAGAGAGACAUCUGCGAAGUGCUGCAAACCACCUUAUUUUGUCACUCGCAGUAGCAGAUCUACUAGUGGCAUGCUUAGUUAUGCCUUUGGGCGCUGUAUAUGAAGUUGCGCAACGAUGGACUCUCGGCCCGGAACUUUGCGAUAUGUGGACUUCGGGUGACGUACUUUGCUGUACCGCUUCUAUACUCCAUCUUGUCGCAAUCGCUCUAGACAGGUACUGGGCUGUGACAAACAUUGACUACAUUCACGCUCGAACUGCCCGACGCGUUGGUUUAAUGAUUUCGUGUGUCUGGAUAGCGAGUUUUCUUGUUUGUAUAGCGCCGUUAUUGGGUUGGAAAGAUCCUGACUGGAACCGGCGUGUUGCUGAAGACAUGCGUUGCAUAGUAAGUCAAGACGUGGGCUAUCAGAUAUUUGCAACAGCUUCGUCAUUCUACGUACCAGUCCUUGUCGUUUUGAUACUCUACUGGAGAAUAUAUCAAACUGCCAGAAAAAGAAUACGGCGACGUCGAGGAGCAACAACGCGCGGUGGAGUUGGUCCACCUCCAGUACCAUCUGGUGGUGCUUUAGUAGCUGCGGGAGGUAGUGGUGGCAUUGCUGCUGCAGUAGUUGCUGUAAUUGGUCGCCCUCUACCAACAAUGUCUGAAACAACUACCACUGGCUUAACAAACCUCUCUUCCAAUAAUACGAGUCCAGAAAAGCAAUCUUGUGCAAACGGCUUGGAAGCAGAUCCACCUACAACAGGAUAUGGAGCUGUGGCUGCCGCUUACUACCCUACGUUAGUUCGACGUAAACCUAAAGAAGCCGUUGAUUCAAAACGGGAAAGAAAAGCGGCAAAGACAUUAGCAAUAAUUACCGGCGCGUUUGUAGCGUGUUGGCUCCCGUUUUUUGUGCUAGCUAUCUUAGUUCCAACGUGUGAUUGUGAAGUUAAUCCGGUUUUGACAUCAUUGUCAUUAUGGCUAGGCUAUUUUAAUUCCACUCUGAAUCCUGUUAUUUAUACGGUGUUUAGUCCAGAAUUUCGACAUGCAUUUCAGCGGCUAUUAUGCGGACGCCGUGUGCGCCGUCGCCGUGCUCCCCCUUAG